AUGGCAAAAGAUACAGUUGCAGUUCAUCUUCAAAAAUUACUCAAUAAUAAAUUAUUAUUAUCAUCAUCACAUGAUAAAAAAUCCGUUAUUUCUGCUUAUGAUACUUUAAUUAGUAUUCUUCAAACGCCUGAAAUACAUAAACAAUUGCCUGGACAUCAUGAUUUACUUUUCGAAUGUAUAUCCCAAAUAAUUUUGACAUCAUUUAAUCAAUAUUUUCAUGAUGAUCAAUUACGAUUUUUACUUCAAUUAGUAUCAAAUACAUAUGUUUUAUCAAUGUCACAAAAUCAAAUCAUUGAUAGUUGGUUAAAAAAUAUUGAAGAACGUACAUUUGAAAAACCAGAUAGUUAUGAUGAUGAUGAUGAUGAUUUAUAUGAAGAUGUAACUGAAAGUGAAGACGAUAAAAAGAUAACAAGUGUUACAAAAAAUACUAAUAAUGAAUCAAAACAGAGUGCAAGUAAUCAACAUAAAAAAAAACACACUUAUCAUGAUGAUUCAUCUCACCAUGAUUUGAGUUUAGUAUCACCAAGAGAUAAAAGUCGAUCAUUAACAAAGCCAAUAUCGAAUCAAUGUAAUGCUUCUACUGUACAUUUACGUGAUAAACGAAGCGAUCAUCAACAUUCUGAACAAAGUACAGUACAUGAAGCUUUAGCUCGUGGAAACCAUAAUCGAAAAUCAUCAGGUAACAGUAGUACAAAUGAUCUUAGCGAUGAACCUGAUAACAGUACAAAUAAAGAACGACGUGCAGCUCCAUCCAAUAAUAAAUAUGGUGCUGAUCUUCGACUUUAUGAUUGCUACAUUUGUGGUGAAUAUGGUCAUAUUCAAUAUCAUUGUCCUAUGAAAAAAGAUAAGUCAAAAGUUAAAUCUCGUGCUAAUAAUUGUACUGAUUUAACUAAUAAAAAGAAACAAAUUCGAUCAGAAUCUUCUUCAUCAAUAUCUUCUAUCGAAAUAAUUCUUUCAAAAAGAGAUCAAGGUCGAAUUCAACGAAUUUGUAAUCAAUCAACAAAAUUAAUUGAUUGUUGUUAUACAGAUGAAAAACGAAAUAAAACAUUUAAAUUACUUCUUGCACGUAUAAGAAAACUUGAAAAACUUCAUGGAAAAAAUCUUUCAAUAAUAUUAUAUGAAAAAGAAUCAAUAUUCUAUUUACUUGUUUGUCAUGUUGCACAAAAUAAUUUUCUAUUUACAAAUGAUCAAUAUUUAGCAUUAUAUGAUUUAAAAAAUAUUUUAUUACCACAAAAAUAUAAUUUUUUAAAUCAAGAUCGUUCAAUAUUUUGUCGACAACGUACAUUAAUACCUUUAAAUAUAAUUAUAGAACAUAUUAAAACUCAAUCAAAAAUUCAACAAUUAAUAUUAGAUGAUUUUCAAGAACAUAUUAUUCGUUCAACAUCACCAAUAUCAACAAUAUUAUUUGAUUUAAUUAAAUAUGUAUUGAAAUCAAAUAUAUAUAUUGAUAUAAAAUAUUUGGAAUAUUUUUCAAAAACAAUUUUAUUUGAUAUGAAAAAAAAUAUUUUUUCAAAUGAACAAUUUGACGAACUUCAUAUAUAUUAUAAUAUUCUUAUGAAAAAUUUUGAACGUGAUAAUCCAAUACAGGCAUGGAAAGAACGGAUAGUUUUAUUUAAAAACGGUAAUAAAAUACCAAAUGAUCUCGAUCAAUGGAUUUCAGAAUUAGAUCAAAUUAUUAAUAAAACUCUUAAUAAAAAAAGAAAAUCCAAAAAAAAUGUUCUUCAACAUGCUAUGUGGUAUUUUAUUAUUUUAACCAUGGCUAGUAGUGGUCAUUUAAAUCAAGAUCAAUAUGAAUGUGUAUUAAAAUCUGGUAUUCAAUCGACAUUAUUUAAUUCCAAACAAAAAUUUUAUUUUCAAUAUUAUUUAAAUCAAGGACAUGCACCAAUAACUAUUAAUGAAUUAAAUCACAUUGAAACGAAGUUGCGAAGUCAAAGUAUUGACGACAAAAAAUUAGCCUAUGAACAAAUGAUAAUCAUACUUGAUAGAUCAAAACCAGAAUUUAAGAAUGAACAACCUACACAGUCAGACGAUUUAAUUCCAAUAAUUGAUGAUCAUGUUCUACUUUAUUUGAUUUCUCUUAUUGAAAUAUUUUCUUCGGAUGCCAUUACAUUUACAACUGAACAAUUUAAAGAAAUACUCGAUAAAUUUCUUCAUCAAUCAACAAUUGUUCGUCCAAUACCAUAUGCUGAGCAACAACGUUUAGUAUCAUUUUAUUCUCGUUCAAUAUCAUUAAAUGAAUUGAAAACUCAUCCUCUAUUAACAGAAUCAGAUUUAAAUCAUUAUUUACUAUUACUUAAAAGUAGACCAUUAAUGAAAAAUGAUAAACUAUAUGAUUAUUUGACUACAACAGUUAUAAAUAUAUUUAAAAAUCGACAAAAAUUUUCCAAUGAAAAAUGUCAAGACUUAAAAAAUAUUCUCGUAAAAAAUAUUUUAGGAAAAAAUCGUUAUCGUUCAAUCAAUGAAGCUUAUGAAAAUUUUCGUUUAAAUAAAAAUAAUCUUCUAAUAAUUAAUCGAACUAUUCUCAAUCAAUUACUAAAUAAUAUUCUUUUAAAAGAUUGUCAAGCACAUUUAGAAUUUCUUAAUUUAUUAGAAGAUAUUUCACAAUCAAUAAAUUUCAAAAAAAUAACAAUUGAAUUUGAAAUAAAUGUUUGUUUUGUAACAACAAUAAUUCUUCUUAUAAUUGAUGCUGAUUAUUCAAAUUCACCAGAUUUAAUUUUGUUUCAGCAACGCUUAAUAAAUAUGAUAAAAAAAGAAACAAAUUUUUUUUCAUUAUGUCUUACUAAACAACAAUAUAAACUUAUUACAUCACGUUUAACAUUAAUAUUAAAUAUUGAUGUAUUAAUUAAUUUACUACAAACAAAUUUAAAUGAAAAUAAUUUUUCUAAUUUAAUUUAUUUCAUUCAAAAUGAAUUAAAACAAAAAGAUGAUUUUAACAAAUUAAUUUCUUUUUUAAUUUACACAUUUGAUAAUGAAUUUUUAUCUAUUGAACAAACACUUCAAAUAUCAAAUUUAAUUUUUCAACAUUCAAAAUUAAAUAAUAAAACAUUUAAACAUCUUCUUCAAUUUCUUAUCGAAUUACUUCAAUUGAAAAUACAUUCAUCACCAAAAAUUUUCUUAAAACUAAUUAAGAAUAAUCAAGAUAAUGAUCAAACUAUCAAUCAAAUAGAAAUUAUAUUAAAAGUACAAAAUGGAAAAUAUGCUAUUGCCGAAUGGAAAAGAUCAAUGAUGAGUUUAUUAGAAAUUCUUUUCGAUCGAUCAGAUAAUUAUGAACAAUUAAAAGAUAUUGCACUACAAUCACCCAUGUUUCAACAGGGUAUAUUUAAACAACAAAUAGAAUCUUAUGCAAAAAAGACACCAGAUAAUCAAUCUGAUGAAAAUGAAGAACCUUCUGCUACUCCAAAAAAUAAUAAUAAAAUCAAUACUUCUAAUAUACAUCGUGAAUUAUUUCGUCAUUUGGAAUCUGAUGAUGCAUCAAUGAAUGCACUUAUCAUACGACAAUUACGUGGAUAUCUCGUUGAUGAACAACUUUCAUCGGAAAUUUUACUUCCGAAAUUUAUUCAAGCUCUUCAAUUCGUAUUUCGAAAUUUUCGAAAAUUUCCUGAAGUAUCACUGGAUGAAUGGACAACAUUGAUUGCUAAAAAUCGUGGAAAAAUCUUUUCAAAUGAUGCUCAAUGUGAUCAAUUAUUAAUGAAUAUACAUUUAGUUAGUUGUAAUAUACCAACGGAUACAUUCAAUUUAUUAAAUCGUUUAAUUCAAUCAAAGAAAGCUCAUGAACGACAUGAUGGUCUUAGUAAAUUACUUUUACUUUUGAAAAAUACACAAAUAAAUCAUGAAAAAAGUCCAAUAAAGAAUUUACCAACAAUAUCAAAUCAAUUUUAUAAGACAAUAACUCGUGUUGUAUUCGAUGAAAAAUUCAAUAAUCAUCAAGUGCGACAAUGUGUAACAGCAGCUAGAAAUUCUUGGCUAUUAAAUAGUGAUCAUAGAGAAAAACUGAAUAAUAUUUAG